AUGAAGCUGAAGGUAAGUCUCGAGCUUCGCGACCAGCGACCGGCCUGGACGACCAAGACUCGACGCAUCAGCCAGCUAAUAAUCAUCAGGCGAGAUACUAAUGUGAUUUUGUUUGAAUUCGUUUGCUUUCAGAUCUGUUUUUUCCUGGCGCUAAUAGCGUUAGCGCACUGCGAAGAGAAGGCAGCGGAAAAGAAGUCGGACGAGAAGAAGCAGGAGAAGCGCGGACUCGACCAUGGACUGGGCUACGGCAGCUUCGGUGACUUUGGCGGCCACGAGUCGCACCACGAGCACCACGAGCACAUCAAGACCGUCGAGGUCGUGAAGAAGGUGCCGGUGCCCGUCGAGCACGUCAAGCACGUGCCCUACGAGGUCAUCAAGCACGUCCCGGUCGAGGUCAAGGUACCCGUGCCCCAGCCCUACACCGUCGAGAAGCACGUGCCCUACCCGGUGAAGGUCUUCGUCAAGGUGCCCGUCCACGUGCCCCAGCCCUACACCGUCGAGAAGAAGAUCCCCUACGAAGUCAAGGUGCCCGUCGACAAGCCCUACGAAGUCAAGGUCCUCGUGCCGCAGCCCUACACCGUCGAGAAGCACGUCCCGUACGAGGUCAAGGUGCCAGUCCCGCAGCCCUACACCGUCGAGAAGCACGUGCCCUACCCAGUGAAGGUCAAGGUGCCGGUGCCACAGCCCUACACCGUGGAGAAGCACGUCCCGUACGAAGUCAAGGUGCCGGUCGACAAGCCCUACCCAGUGCCCGUGCCCAAGCCCUACCCCGUGACCGUCGAGAAGCCCUACCCGGUCAUCCACGAGAAGCACGUGCCCUACGAAGUCAAGGUUCCAGUAGACAAGCCCUACCCCGUUCCAGUCGAGAAGCCCUACCCAGUACCCGUCAAGGUACCGGUACCCAAGCCUUACAUCGUCCACAAACACGUGCCAGUACCCGUGGAGAAGCCCUACCCAGUGCACGUCAAGGUUCCGGUCGACAAGCCCUACUACGUCGAGAAGCAAGUGCCCUACCCGGUCGAGAAGCCGGUGCCUUACCCAGUCAAGGUGCCCUACCCAGUGCCCGUCCACGUGCACAAGGAGCACCACUACGAGGAGCCCCAGCAGCACGGAUGGCAGCCAAGCGGCCACUACUAAAUCGUCCGGACUCGAUUCUGCGACAAACAGCCAGGAGCAUCGACAUCGGCUCCUUCUUCUAGAUUCGUUCCAUCGAGCAAUCACCCAAACGAAACACCUGAAAUCAGUAUAACGAUCCAAAUCCACGAGAGA